GCCGGUGAACCGGUGCUGCGGCGACUCCCGUGUCCCUGCUGUCCUCCUCGGGCUCCCCGGGGUUUGACCCCCGGGGCCCUCGGCAGCAGUCGGCGAAGGAUCUGCAGGACGAACCUGUGCUCCUACACCCGCCCUCCACGACUCCAUAUCGCGACUUCGCAGGCGGGGAGCGAGAGGGUCUGUCGCGACUCCGCGCCGUGUGUCACCGGGCGGGGCCGCGGGGCCGGGGCUCCUCCAGCCCCCGGGAUGCGCGCACGAGCCCUCGCCUCCACUUCCUUGUUGCCGCUGUCACGACUGGAGCCGCCUCUCGCCGACAGAGGGGAGCGCGAGUGCGCCGGCCAGCCCCCUCACCGAGCCCACGGGCCGAGCGCCUCCGGGAAUGUGAGCCGCGUGGCCUCCACGCUCCUCUGGCCAUGGAUGCAUCAUAUGAUGGUACUGAGGUAACUGUCGUGAUGGAGGAAAUUGAGGAAGCCUACUGUUAUACCUCCCCUGGGCCACCCAAGAAGAAGAAAAAGUACAAAAUACAUGGAGAAAAGGCCAAGAAACCCAGGUCUGCUUACCUCCUUUACUAUUACGACAUCUACCUGAAAGUGCAGCAAGAGCUCCCGCACCUCCCUCAGUCUGAGAUCAAUAAGAAGAUUAGCGAGAGCUGGAGGCUUCUCAGUGUGGCCGAAAGGAGUUACUACUUGGAGAAAGCCAAACUAGAGAAAGAAGGUUUGGAUCCUAACUCCAAGCUCUCUACACUGACUGCUGUGGUUCCGGACAUCCCAGGCUUCCGCAAGAUCCUCCCCCGCUCAGAUUACAUCAUCAUCCCCAAGAGCAGCCUGCAGGAAGACCGGAGCUGCCCUCAGCUGGAGCUGUGUGUGGCCCAGAGCCAGAUGUCCUCUAAAGGAACACCUCUUGUGUCCAACACCGCCCCAGAAACAGUGCCCAGCCAUGCGGGCAUGGCAGAGCAGUGCCUGGCUGUGGAGGCCCUGGCUGAAGAGGUGGGAGCCCUUGCCCAGCCAGGUGCUGUACAGGAGAUUGCCACCUCAGAGAUCCUCAGCCAGGAUGUGCUUCUGGAGGAGGCUUCCCUGGAGGUAGGGGAGAGCCACCAGCCUUACCAGACCAGCCUGGUGAUUGAAGAAGCUUUGGUGGAUGGCUCACCAGACCUCCACACCAGAAGCCUGGCCGUGCCCCACUCACAGGUUGGGGAGAGCGUGUCAGUGGUAACAGUCAUGAGGGACUCCAGUGAGAAUAGCUCCUCGGCGCCAGCCACACAGUUCAUCAUGCUGCCUCUGCCUGCCUACUCAGUUGUGGAGAACCCCACCUCCAUCAAACUGACAACUACAUAUACCCGCCGGGGCCAUGGGACUUGCACCAGCCCAGGUUGCUCCUUUACAUAUGUCACCAGGCACAAACCACCUAAGUGCCCUACAUGUGGUAACUUCCUAGGAGGGAAGUGGAUCCCAAAGGAGAAGCCAGCCAAAGUCAAAGUGGAGUUGACUUCUGGUGUUUCUUCCAAAGGCUCUGUGAUUAAAAGAAAUCAGCAGCCUAUCAUUUCUGAGCCGAAUUCCCCUAAGGAGAAUGCCUCCAAGCUGACACUGGAGAACUCAGAAGCCGUAAGCCAGCUCCUAAGUAUAGCUCCUCUAAGAGAAUCGGGUGAGGAGAAUGAAUGGGAGGAAGUGAUCAUCUCAGAUGCCCAUGUUUUGGUCAAGGAAGUUCCUGGGAAUCGUGGCACAGCAGUCACUAAGACGCCGGUCGUCAAGAGUAGUGUGCAGCCUGAGGUCAGCCUGGGGACAACUGAGAAUGACAGCCCUGGAUCAGACAUACCACCACCAGCUGAGGGAACCAGCACUUCCAGUUUACUCCCUUCUUCCAAAAAACCUCCAGGAGGUGACCUCACCACUGGGCCCAGAGCCCCAGAGCUUAAAGGCAGAACACGGAGCAAGCCCUCAUUACUGGCUGCAGCAAGACCCAUGAGAGCAAUUCUCCCAGCCCCAGCUAGUGUGGGGCGAGGUAGCAGCGUGGGACUGCCCAGGGCCAAGCAGGCCUUUCCCCUGAGUGAUAAGACUUCCUCUGUGAGGACUUGUGGUCUGAAGCCAAGCACACUGAAACAACUGGGCCAGCCCAUCCAGCAGCCGUCUAGCACCGGUGAGGUGAAGCUACCAAAUGGCCCGUCCCACAGGACAUCUCAGGUGAAAGUCGUAGAGGUCAAGCCUAAUAUGUUUCCUCCGUAUAAAUACAGCUGUACUGUCACACUGGACUUGGGCCUGGCUACAUCGAGAGGCCGGGGAAAGUGCAAGAAUCCAUCUUGUAGCUAUGUCUACACCAACCGGCACAAACCACGGAUUUGUCCCAGUUGUGGUUUUAACCUUGCCAAAGACCGGACUGAGAAAACCACCAAGGUUAUUGAGGCGAGCUCACCACUCCCAGAUGUGCUCAGUGCCACGGAACCCCUGAGUGUGGCCCAGAGGGAGAUCCAGCGCCAGUCCACUCUACAGCUACUGCGCAAAGUCCUGCAGAUUCCUGAGAAUGAGUCAGAGCUGACUGAGGUCUUCGCCUUGAUUCAUGAACUCAACAGCUCUCGACUCAUCCUAUCCAAUGUGAGUGAGGAGACAGUCACCAUCGAGCAAACCUCUUGGUCGAAUUACUACGAGUUUCCAUCCACGCAGUGCCUUCUCUGUAGCAGCUCGUUAUUCAAAGGGGGACAAAACUCUCUGGCCGGGCCCCAGGAGUGCUGGCUACUGACAGCCAGCCGGCUGCAGGUGGUGACCGCCCAAGUGAAGAUGUGUCUGAACCCGCAUUGUCUGGCCCUGCACAGCUUCAUGGACAUCUACACAGGUCUCUUUAAUGUGGGGAACAAGCUGCUAGUGAGCCUGGACUUGCUUUUUGCAAUCCGAAACCAGAUAAAGCUGGGAGAGGAUCCCAGAGUGUCCAUCAGCACUGUUCUGAAGUCAGUACAGGAGCAGACAGAGAAGACUCUGACCUCGGAGGAGCUGAGCCAGCUGCAGGAGCUGCUGUGCAAUGGCUAUUGGGCUUUCGAGUGCCUCACUGUCCGAGAUUACAAUGACAUGAUCUGUGGCAUCUGUGGCGUGGCCCCCAAAGUGGAAAUGGCCCAGAGGAGUGAAGAGAAUGUGCUGGCAUUGAAGAGUGUGGAGUUCACCUGGCCUGAGUUCUUGGGCUCUAGUGAGGUAAACGUGGAGGACUUUUGGGCCACGAUGGAGACAGAGGUGAUUGAGCAGGUGGCGUUCCCUGCCAGCAUCCCUAUCACCAAGUUUGAUGCCUCUGUUAUUGCCCCCUUCUUCCCACCACUCAUGAGAGGAGCUGUGGUCGUCAACACUGAGAAAGACAAAAACCUGGAUGUGCAGCCAGCACCUGGCAAUGGUAGUGCCUUGGUGAGGCUGCUUCAGGAGGGUACCUGCAAGCUCGAGCAGAUUGGUUCCUACGGUGAGGAGGAGCUGCGGCAACUGCUGAGCCAGUGUGGCAUCCCCUUUGGGGCAGAAGACUCAAAGGACCAGCUCUGCUUCUCCUUGUUGGCCCUCUACGAAUCUGUGCAGAAUGGAGCCAGAGCUAGACAGCCCCCACCUCAUCUCACGGGGGGUAAAAUCUACAAAGUGUGCCCCCAUCAGGUGGUCUGUGGCUCCAAGUACCUCGUGCGGGGUGAGAGCGCCCGCGACCAUGUAGACCUGCUUGCCUCUUCCCGCCAUUGGCCCCCUGUCUACGUGGUAGACAUGGCCACACCAGUGGCCCUGUGUGCUGACCUAUGCUACCCAGAGCUGACCAAGCAGAUGUGGGGGAGGAACCAGGGCUGUUUCUCUAGCCCCAUGGAGCCGCCUGUGAGUGUGUCCUGCCCAGAGCUCUUGGACCAGCACUAUACUGUGGACAUGACGGAAACCGAGCACUCUGUCCAGCAUCCAGUCACCAAGACAGCCACACGGCGCAUUGUCCAUGCGGGCACACAGCCCAGUCCUGGCACCUCCAGUGCUGGGCACCACUCCCUAACCCUGUGCCCUGAGCUGGCACCCUACACAACCAUCCUGGCCUCCAUCGCAGACAGUAAACCAAACAGUGUCCGCCAGCGGCCCAUUGCCUUUGACAAUGCCACCCACUAUUACCUCUACAACCGCCUCAUAGACUUCCUCACCAGCCGUGAGAUUGUCAACCGGCAGAUCCAUGACAUUGUGCAGAGCUGCCAGCCUGGCGAGGUGGUCAUCCGGGACACCCUCUACCGCCUUGGGGUGGCUCAGAUCAAGACAGAGACAGAGGAGGAGGGUGAGGAAGAGGAGGUGGCUGCCUCGGCAGAAUAAGCCAGGCUGCUGUUGUACAGGGAUUGCACCAUCUCUCUCAAGCCAUAGUAAGGGUCUUGCCUGAGGCAGAUCUAUCCAGGUAAACCGGUGGAAGUGUUCACCUAUGAGGAGGGCCUCUGACUGCUGGGACUGACCAAAGAGCUUCCAUUUCCUGAGCAAAGUGGGGCCCAGGGUCCUUAGUCCUGAAUCCCACCACCUCUAGGGCAUCAGGAGAGGCACCAGGAAACCCUUUACUGACCCUGAGAGAGCAUAGUCUGUUCAACAGAAGGGAAGGGAGGCUGAGGGAAAGGCUGCCGCCUGGUGGCUUCCCUGGGGCCUGUUGUGGGUCAGGGCGAAGGUCCUGGGACUAGGCCAAGACAGGUAUCCCGGAACUAGAUGGGGACGCUGCUGAGGCAUCUCUUCCCUCCACUGAGGAACCCUGUUCCCAGCCCCUGCAGCCACAUGCAUUCCUUAGCCUGUUGCCUUUGAUUUUGGGCCCUGAGGACCUCAUUAGCUCUAGGGUUUAUUUUGGGCACUUGAUUCUCCCCAGAGGAGGGAUGCAUUUCUCAACAGUCUGCUCUUACCUGCACCCAAAUCUGGGGGAAGCUGAGGAGGGAGAGAUAGCCACAGAUUUUCCAGGACUGUUCUCUGCCCUGAGCUUUGAGGAAGAGGAUCCAUUCCUUUCCCUGGCUGCCACUGCUGCACCCUACAUCCUCCUGGGCCAUGGGACCCUCACCACAGAGGGGAUGUGGCCCAUGGUCAUGACACAACCUGGCAGCAGUAGGAAAAACUCCCUUCUGUGAAGGGGAAGCAGACUGGGCCACAAGGAAACAGCAGGACUGGCUCAAGUGCCCAAGGUUUGCUUAGGGCACGGGAAUUGGCCGUGUGUUAUUUAAUUUAUUAAGAGGAGUGGAGUAGGUGGCUUUUUCCCCUUCCUCUCCCCCUGACAAGAAUAAAGUUUAUUAAAUUAUCUGGUUUGGGUGAAGCAGGAGUCAAUUCCAUGGUCAUUGUGUGGGGCACAUGUGGCCGAGCUCCAGAGGUACUGAGCUGU